AUGAAGACUCUAAUUCUGUUGGCAUUGCUUGGCUUUGUACUGGCCCUUAGCUUGGCUAUUCCAUUCAACGGAGAUACUGCUGAAGCAUAUGAUGCUGAAAGUAACGAUCUUGCGGGGGACGUCCAAGCAGACGAAAAAGAAGGGUAAGAAAUAGAAGAAAGACACGUAGCCUGUUUCAUUGAUGCAGUUACUUACAGAUUUUCAAAGACUUAAUUGUAGCUUAUCUGUAAUGGCUAAAAAUGUACUCAUUUUCAAUUCCAUGAUACGUAUGUGUCCUUUUUCAUUGCUCUCCAAACAGUCCUACGUUUAAGUGAUUACAUCGAGGUUACAGUUGUUGAGGCCCCAACACAGAAUUCAAACAAACGAAAACGCUUUGUCAAAAUGUAUAUAUUUUUUUCAUAAAGUAACGUUUUUCAUCCAGCAAAUAAGUUAUGAACCCGGCAGGGUAAUUUUCUUUUCAUUAUAGUGUAUUUGCCCUUUGUUAAAUCUCUAGCUAAAACAAGGAUAAUUUGGUAUUGUCAUAUAAAAAAUAUAUAAUUAUAUAAAAACUUAUUUCACUAGAUCGCCAACAAAGCACAUAAAUAAUGAUUUCGGCUGUGAGGACCUGCGUCGGUCUGCCACGUUCCCCACGUAGCCUUCUUUAAUGGUAGAUCGGUAAAUCACGAUAAUUAUAGCCUUUGCCGAAUAGUUACACAAAAAGGUAUUGUUUCCUGUUUGAUUAUUUGGAUGCAUGAAUAGAGUUUGCAACAAACAAUGGAAACAAAUUUCCAGUUAAUACAAAAAUAAGUAUCAUAUCAUAAACAUUAAAUAUCGAAUAUCAAUUUCGUUUGCUUAAACAGCAGCAACAAAGACAUGAACCACAGUAACGAAAACGAAGAAGACCAAGAAGACGAUGACGAAAAUGUUUAUGCUGUACGGCAAGUAGACGAUGAUGACGAGGGAGGGGAGAACGAAGAUGAGAAUGCAAACGCUUUGAUCAAGCCAGGAAAUGAAGUUGAAGAUCCUAUCUGGCCUCUUCUCAUUGGUCGC